CACAAAUAAAAAAAAAAUUAGAAAAUCAUAGUGUUAAGAAGAAGAAAAGUGCAAAAUCGUUUGGAUUUAUUUGUUGCUCGGAACGAUCACCGCAGAUCACCUGACAGCGCGUUGAAGCUGAUUGUUGGAGAUAAAUUUUUGUACGAAUAUGGCAACUUCCGUCCUCCAGAAUCCUCCAGAAGAAUGCCGAAGGGAGCACAAACCCAAAUCAGAUUCUCCACGACUUACCGAUGACGAAAGACUUGCUAUCUUAGAAAACAACGAACGGGAAACGGGGGAUCUCCCUAUGGAACUGAGGGAAAAGGCGAGGAUAGACAUACGUGAGGAAUCGGCACUCAGAGAACAAGCCCUUUCGCAAAUGAGGCAUUUUAUUGAGAAACAUCCUGCGAUCAAGAAAUGUAGAACCGAUGCGCCCUUCUUGCUCCGCUUUCUCCGUACAAAGAAGUAUUCCAUCCCACAAGCCUGUUCCAUGUUGGAGCGAUACCUCACCAUCCGACAGAUGUAUCCGCAAUGGUUCCAGAAGCUUGACCCUCUAGAUCCCAAGAUAGCAGCUGUUAUUGACGCUGGGUAUUUGGUUCCACUCUCAAAACGGGACUCUGAAGGGCGGAGAGUUGUCUUAUCUUGCAUGGGUCGAUUCGACCCCCACAGGUUUGACAGUUGCGUGAUGGCGCGCGUUCACUCAAUGAUCGUAGAGUUGUUGCUGGACGAGCCUCGCUCGCAGCUGCUCGGCUACACUCACGUCAAUGACGAGGCCGGCAUGCAGAUGCCACACGUCAGCCUCUGGUCCCUGACCGAUGUCCGCAUCAUGCUGAAUUGUAUUCAGAACUCCACUCCCAUGCGCCAUAAGCGCACUCACUUCGUGAACAUACCGCAUUAUGGAGUAAAAUUCUUCGAGUUCGCAAUUUCUUUGCUCAGCGAUAAACUGAAGGACCGCGUUUCGUUCCAUCGCACUUCUGAGGAUUUGACCAAGUACGUUGACCCUGCUAUUUUGCCGAAAGAAUAUGGUGGCACAGUUCCUUUGAGGGAUAUGAUCGAAGAAUUAAAACGGAAACUUUUAAAACAUAGAGAGGACUUGCUGUCAUUAGACGAUAUGUGCGUGGAUUUGUAUGCACUGGAAAAAAAUGACUUAACUCAAGACAUACAUUCAACUGCGGGAUCAUUCAGAAAAUUGGAAUUGGAUUAGAUUUAGUUAGCUAGAAUCUUAAGAUACAAGAUAAUUUAGUUUUAAUACUCUUAUCAGGUCUUAAUUUAAAGAGAUCUGUAUCCAAGGGGUGCCCAACGGAAUCCUAAAUUGAACCUCCUCUGUCUGUUACUCUAUUUUU